AUGCCGGAGCCGCCGACCACCUCGCCGCCGGCGGCCACCACUCUCAAACGGACCAAGACGACCGACGUGGACGCGGGCGUGAGCGGGCGCGGGGCCGGCGUCAGUGGCCGCCGCAAAAAGAAGGAGACGCUUGGGAAGGAGAAUUUCUCUGCGAAAAAGAGGCUCGGGAUCGAUCGUUCGGGCAAGGUAGCGCAGGAAAGGAAGAGGCGCGCUGAUGAAAUCGAGCACCCGUCCGAGGAGCAAAAGGAGCGCUUCAACCGUUUCAUCGCCGAGGUGCUGGUGAUCGGCGUAGAUGGGCUGCUCAAGGAGUUCACCGCCGAAGUCAAGGGCUACAAGCCGCCCGACCUCACGCACAACGCCUUCGACCAGAACGCGGCGAAGAACCGAUAUCGAGACGUGAUCUGCCUGGACGAGACCCGGGUCGUCCUCCGCAGCAAAGAAAAUGACAAGGAUAAGGACAAAGAUAAAGACAAGGACAAGGGCGACUACAUCCACGCCAAUUAUGUCAACGUCGACUCGUCCGACAAGCGCAUCAUCAUCACCCAGCUCGACAUCGAGGAGGCCGGCAAAGCGAUCGCCACCCUGAAACAUUAUCAGUGGAUGGAGUGGCCCGACCGCUCGGUGCCCGUGUCGCUGCUCGCCAUCUUCCGGCUGCUGCGCCUGGCUCGCAGCUCGCGCUUCCCCAGCGUUGUCCAUUGUUCGGCCGGCAUUGGACGUACCGGCGCCUUCGUUGCCACCGAGCUGCUGCUCCAGCGAUCGGUAGCCGCUGAAACCGUGAAAAUGCCGACCCUCAUCAAGCAGCUGCGAGCAAUGCGAGCCCAAUCCGUGCAAACGGAUGCUCAGUACGUCUACCUGGCCAUGGCCAUCGUCAACUAUUGCAAGGAGGUCGGCAUCAUGAAGCCGUCAUUUGAAGAUGCUUUCAAAAAGUUCAAGGAAGCCUACGACGCAUUCACGCAGAAGCGCCAGACCGAGGAAGAAGUAAAGAUGAAAGCUGUGGCCCCAGAUAUUGCAUGCCCAUCGCCGCCACCGCCUGUUGAAUCGCCUUCGCCAGCCAAACCAUCGCCUCAGCCUCCGUCGGAACCCGCCGCGUCCAGCCCGGAAGUCCGCACCGAGGAAAAG